ACUUCUCUGUCUACCAAUCUGCCUGUCUCUCUCUCUCUCUCUCUCUCGCUUUCUAUUUUUUAUGUUUUUUUUCUUCAUAUUGAAAAACUUGAAAAAACCACUCAACUAGGACCACUUCUGGAUCACAUAAUUAACUUGAUCACCGUCUCCGCUCAAGCUUAACCUCGCUGCCCAGGCGACACUUCACCCUCUCUACAAAACUCUUAACCUUAUUGGGUCACCUUAAAGCUAAACAUCUCUCAACUUUCUCUCAUCGUUCAGACAUUUUUUAUUUUCAUUUGACAAUUCAAUUUGACCUAUGAGUUAAUUUUUAUACAUUUUUCUUUUCUCUCUUCUUAAGCAACUUUAUUCUCAAUCUCUUCUUCACCCAUUAUGUUAACACUUACUCAAACCGAUCUAUUCUGUUUUUAUUCCUAGUUUCUCACUCUAUUUACCGGUUAUUUUUGACCAUUUACCAUUUGUGCUUGCUGGACCAUUCGAUCAUCAUCAUGUUGAUUUGUGUUUUUUGCUUGGAUUACGAUGGUUUAAUACAUUCCUAAGAUCCAUGAUUAAUUAGUUUAUUUUGUUUCUCCGAUUGACUCUCAAGUGCAACCAGAUUCGCUCUUUUGGUGAUUUUCACAAUCGCUGAUAACUCACUGUUUUAAAUGUUUACUGGACUUAAACCUUUAACUAAUUGUUACCAAGUUGAAGUUGUCCCUAUUUAGCGAAUUCAAUUGUUCGUGGUGUCUUCUCUAUUAAUCUAUCAAUUAUUACGUGUUGGGAGAUUUUGUUAACUUCUUUGUUUUCUGAUGGAACAAAUUAAUUCCUGAAUGGCAUCUUUGAUGAAAAAUGAUUAACCUUAUUUCCAUCAAAAUUUGCUUUCAUUAUAUUUUAAUUAUGUCUUCUUAUUGUGCUCCAUUAAUCGAUCACCAACCUGCCUCUUCCUCGAGACCUGAUAAUAUCUUCCUAGGCAAAUCAAAUUCAACUUUUUUGGGCUUUAAUACAUCAACGACAACGACAACAUCAAUAUUAUCAUUAUCCAAUUCAAAUCCAAUUCGAUUAUCAGAUAAACUGAGCUCUAAAUGCCCAAAUAUACCCGUUAACAAAUUAGUAAAGAUCGAUCAAAAUCUAACUUUUGUCCCAGAAGAAGUCUUGAUAGAACUAAGUCACAUUAAAAGUGGAAAACAAUUAUUAGAUUACUUAACUGACAAUGAUAAUCAACUUCACAACCAAAGCUUAACAACGUUUGCAAAAUCAAGAAGAAAAGUUCGCAGCGCUCAAAAAUCGAAACCCACCUUAGGGUUAGACCAUUUUCCAGGAACUUGUUCACCAGAAAAUCGAACUCAAGUGAUUAAAUCUUCUCAAGGUAAAUCAGAGAUCUAUUUUCCUGGUUGCAUUAAAAUACCGAGAUGCUCAGGAUGCUGUCCAAGUGAUCGUUUAACCUGUCAACCAACUGAAGUGUCCAAUAUUUCUGUAGAGGUAAUGGUGCUUCGGUAUAUUCCCCAUUCUCGUCGCUUCAAGUAUGCUGGAAGACAAAGAUUUUCCUUUGCCAGUCAUAAACAAUGUUCAUGUGAAUGUAUCCAGAAAGAGAGUGACUGUAGUUCAUCUCAAUUGUACAAAAAAGAGGAGUGUAGAUGUGUUUGUCGUGAUUUAUCGGCUGCUGCUAAUUGUACCUCCGAUCCAACCAAAUAUUGGGAUUCGAGUGAAUGUUCCUGUAAAUGUCUUCAUCCUCACAAUUGUUCCUCUGGUUUACAAUUUAAUGAGAAAACUUGCAGUUGCGAGGCUUCCUUGAAUGGAUCACUAUCUCAUCAACCUGGUUCAAAUGAUCUCAUAGCAAACAAUCUGAAUAAUCUUAGAGCGGUUUCUCCUUCAACAACUCUUUGGGACUCUUACUCUAAUGGUUUCAAUUUAUUGUCUGGAAACGUCCAGGGUGGUGAAUUCAAUGAAAUGGAUAAGCUUCAUAGAUCUUUGGGUUUCCAGGGUAUUAAUCCGUCAUCAGUAUCAUUACCAUUGCCACCAACUUAAUCAUCUUUGACCCAAAAAAUGAUGGAAAAGUGGAAAUAGACAUAAAAAAGGAAUCGCGAUAAUUUUUAAAUCAAAACCAUCUACAUUAUUAGUUACACAUAAAGUUAAAUAAAUUGUUCACUAUGGUCUUAUUAUAGUUCACAAAAUGAAAAAAGAUGAUGACUAUUCAAUUGGUAACUUUAAAAAGUGUUGAGAUCAAUAUGGAUCAUAAGAGAGCAGAACUUGCAUUUUUAAACAGUUCAUUUCUUUGAAUAUGCUCAAUAGUCCAAUGAGUUAAUAUUAAACUAACUGUAUAUAAUAUUA